AUGGACAAGCACCUCAAAACCCUCCACUCCCUCUCCAAAACCCUCACCACCCUCCACCAAACCCGCACCCCCUACCGCAUCAACCACGGCUCAACAAACUCCACCCGCCCACGCCCUUCCUCCGGCACAGCAACAGUCGACAUUUCCAGCCUGAACAACGUCUUAUCCGUCAACAAAGCAACCAAAACCGCCCUCGUGGAACCAAACGUCCCAAUGGACAAGCUGGUCGAAGCUACCCUUCCCCACGGCCUGAUCCCCCCGGUAGUGAUGGAGUUCCCAGGCAUCACCGCCGGCGGCGGAUUCGCGGGCACAGCAGGGGAAUCCUCCAGCUUCAAGCACGGCUUCUUCGACGACACAGUCAGACAAGUGGAGAUGGUUCUCGGAGACGGGAAGAUCGUACGGUUCGGACCUGACGACGAAGAAAAAGGGGACUUGUUCCGCGCAGCGGCCGGUGCGGUGGGCACGCUGGGGGUCACGACGUGUCUGGAGAUUCGGCUGAUGGACGCGAAAAAGUAUGUCAAGACGAGAUACCACCGUGCCAGGAGCGUGGCCGAGGCGGUCGAGGUGAUCAGGCGGGAGGUCAGGAACGACGACAACGAUUACGUGGACGGCAUCCUCUUCAGCAGGGACCACGGCGUGGUCGUCACGGGCGAGCUCACCGAUGUCAAGCCCCGGGCGGCAGAACCACGGACGUUUUCCCGCGCGUGGGACGAGUGGUUUUACCUCCACGCUCAGAACCAACAACAGUCCGAGGAGUACAUCCCCCUGGCGGAAUACCUCUUCCGGUACGACCGCGGCGGCUUCUGGGUCGGCGCCGCGGCCUUUGAGUACUUCAAAUUCGUCCCCUUUACCAGGUUCUUCCGCUGGUUUCUGGAUGACUUUUUGCACACCAGGAUGAUGUACCGCGCGUUGCACGGGUCGGGCGAGAGCGCGAGGUUUGUUGUGCAGGAUGUCGCCAUGCCGUUCGAGACCACCGAGGCGUUUGUGGAUUACACCGCCGAGUCGCUGAACAUCUGGCCUCUUUGGCUGUGUCCGCUCAGGCGGAGGGCUCCGCCGACGUUUCACCCUUUUACCACUGUUCCGGAGGGGGUCGUCAGGGAAGAAGAAGACAUGAUGCUCAAUGUGGGCGUUUGGGGAUGGGGGCCGGACGAACCGGCAAGGUUUGUCGAAAAGAACAGGGAGUUGGAGGCAAAAGUCAGGGAGCUGGGGGGCAUGAAGUGGCUGUAUGCGCACACGUAUUACGCCCCGGACGAGUUUUGGGACAUGUACAACGGCAGGGGGUGGUAUGACGAGCUGAGGGAAAAGUACAACGCCGGCCACCUGCCGAGCGUCUGGGACAAGGUCCACGUUGACCCCGAGGCGGCCGGGAACAAGAAGAGGCACUGGCUCAAGAGGCAGGUGCCGCUGGGGGGGUUUUAUGGUAUUUGGAAGAGUAUUCAGAGCAAGGAUUAUUUCCUGCAUCGGAAUGCGGCCUGGAAGUGGAAGGGGGAGGAGUGA